GAGGCUCAUCUAAAAGUUGCAGGACUGCGGCCCUCGAGGACUUUAGUUUGAGACCCCUGACCUACAAUCACUGGUGACCUGAAAGGAACACACAGCACAUGAAAAUGCAAACUCCAAACAGAAAGCUGAAACAAGAUUCAAAUCCAGGAUAAACUCUUAAUUUCUCCACAUUUCUUAGAAUCAUGUCAGAACAAAAAGUAAAACCAACCGAUGCUUGCCGUCAAUAAAGAGGGCUUUUUUAGAAAAUCUACAACACAUCAAGAAUAUCUCAGCUUCCAUCUCUGUCCUCUAUCACUAUUAGCAGCAUUGCUCCUACACACACAGAGAGAGAGAGAGGCGUGUGGUGUUGAUCACAUACUGCGUUUGCUGAUUUGCCAAAUAGGCCGCCGUUCUUGGCUUCCAAACAAGCUCCAGCCCCCCCACUGAGUCAUCCUCCUGAUUCACUUUGUGAGAGGUUUUCCUGUUUGUGCGCGUCGUGUCUUGGUUCUCUUCCCAUCAGCAGAUGGAGUACUUCACAGAACUUAUAAAUAACUGUUUUAGGACACAACCAGACCCAAAUGGUGCCCUUAUAUGUGGUCCAGCUUGAAAAACAAGAGCUGUGCUUUUUGCUAAAAAAUGUUUGCACUUUGUCGCAACUCAAUCAAAUCAAACUGGAGGCGGUAUCCAUGAGCCCAUGGGGCAUGUGGGUGUUUUAAUGCCCUCAUUUUCAUGCAGUUUUUCUCAAAUUCUGCAUGUCUUUGUGCCACCAAUCUCAAUGAGCAGUGAAACCAGUGUGAGUACAUGCAUCUAUGUGAACAAACAGUAAUUUAUAUGGAACACCAAGAGGGCCAAAAAGACUUGAAAUUUCAUGCAUAUUUCAUACACAAAGUACGCUGUUAAGAUAAGAAAUGCCCUUAUCUUCAUUUCUCUUUGCAUCCUUACUGUGUUUACUGCCGCUCCUGUGUUCCUUUGAACUUUGGAGAUUAUUAACUUAUACAAGCGCACAACACGUUUGUGUUUCUUUAUGAGUUUAUCAAAUCCCAUUUCCUGUUUGAACUUUGGGCUACGGCACCUUUCAGCUGAAGAGUCCCUCUGGUUCACUUUCUGAGCAAACAAAAUGAAAGAGCACCUGCUGAAAAUACUGGUUAUAGGAGACGGAAACGUUGGCAAGUCUUCAUUUGUGCAUCGCUACGUCAAUGGACAGUUCAACAGAACAUACAAAAUGACUGUAGGAGUGGAUUUCUCUGUUAAGAUGCUGCACUGGUCUGACAAAGAAAAGGUCAGAGUUCAACUUUGGGAUAUUGCAGGCCAGGAGCGUUUCAUCUCCAUGACCAGAAUUUAUUAUAAAGGAGCGGUGGGCUGCGUUGUGAUGUUUGAUGUCACAGACUCAUCAAGCUUCUUCAAGUGUCACCAGUGGAAACAGGACCUGGACAACAAGGCCAUGCUGCCCGACGGAAGCUCCAUCCCAUGCCUCCUGCUGGCGAACAAGAGCGACCUGUCUCAUUGGGCCGUCCCAGCAGACCGCAUUGAGACGUUCUGCAAGGCCAACGGCUUCUUCACAUGGAUGGCAACUUCAGUCAAAGACAACAAGAACAUCGACGAGGCAAUGAGGAGUCUGGUGAAGGAGAUUCUGUCCAUUCAGUCCAGUUUGGAUCCACCGCUGCCCAAAACCGAAGACAGUGUUCACCCAGAGCAGGAGUCACAGCUCAGCAACGGUGCAGGGCAGAGUUGCUGCUGAGGCAAUAAGGGUUAUCACGGACCAAACAGCAGAAGCAAAAGGAGCAGAGGAAGAGGCUGUGAAUAAAUUUCGUUGGGAAGGCCUGUAGAUGUGAAUGAGCUGCAGAUGAAAAGUGCUUCUCCUCCGACACGCUGACUCAUUCAGACGCAUGACGUCCGCCCGCUAAAACCAGGCGUGUGUGUGGAUCCACUCUGCUUGCCAGUAAGGCAAAUAGUAUGAAUAGUAAUGAGUGUUGCUGGGUGUUUGAGAGUGUGUAUCACACAGGCACAUGGAUAUGCAUGUGCCUCAGAGAAGCGUGACGUGCAAUACUGGAUUUUUAUUUUUUUAUUUUGCAGAGAAAGUGUUCAUGCAUAUUACGCAGAGGAAAAAAGAGGAUUUUAUAAAUCUUAUUAAGAUUAGAACCUCCUAGAAGUAAAAAAAUAAAUAAUCUGAAUGGUGCACAUAUUUACUGAUUAUUAUAUUUAUUGUAAUCAGUGCCAAAGAUGAAUUUCAGGUCACACUGAAAUGAACCAAAUCAGUUUUAACUCUGACUUGAACGCCUCACGGUUCCCCAGACAGACCUGAAAGUUAAAUCUUCACAUUUUAAUCUUAUCAUAUUAUAUUAUCUCUCUAUCUAUUGACCAACAUAUUUGGUGUAUAUUAAUCAUUUUGAUGAUGGCACUCGACAAAAUAUAGUUUUCGUAGCUGUUUUUAUUUUUGUGUUAUUAUACCGUGAAGCAUUUUGAACUACUUUGCUGCUGGAAUGUGCAUUACAAAUAAACUUGAUUGAUUAACUGAUUGAAUGAGGAACAGUUCAGGCUGAAUGUUAAUGGGCAGAAACUGCAGACAGUCUUAUAAAAUCUGAGAUUGUCGUGUGAUUGGUAGCUUCCAAUUUCACAGACUUGGAAAAUAUGAACUACUUUACAUCAUCCAUCUCACACCUGAUUGAUCCAUCCAGUGUUGACAGUAAAAAAAAAGAAAAUUCUAAGUUUUUGCUUUAGGUUGAUAUAGUUUUGUAUCAAAAAGUGAUCAACAGCCGGAUGUUACUACUGGUGGAAAAGACAAAAACGACAGGAAUUGUAGGAGGAUGGCAGAGCAUAUUUUUUAUUGCUUUAUUGCAUUAACAAGUUUAUUAUAAUGGGAUUUUAAUUGUUUCUUAUUUAAUGGAAACUCAUUCAACUUUAGCGCAAUAUCAACUUUAGUGUUGCGCACAUUUUUAAUGGAAAUGCAGUUAAUGGUUGAUAAAAUUUGGAAUAAAAUUUGUAUAUUUGCCCUUCAGAGGCAAAUAUAUAUAGAGAAUAUUAAAUUAAAUGUAUUUAUUUGCACAACAGAUAUCUUCUCAAGGCACUUUUUAUUUAUUUAUUAAACAGACAAAAGUAAAAUCAAGAAAGAAGAAAAAGAAAAUAAAAGUUAAAACAAGUUAUUAUGCCCAAGUGACAUGCAAUUUUAUAUUACCUGUUCGAAAAGGAGCAGGUAGAAGACACAAGAUCUUAUAAUGUCCUGCCCCUUUCAUACUCAUC